AAGCCAGCCGCACUUUGGCUGCUUGAUCGCUGCGACAGCCUCUCCUACGCACUCCUGAAUUUACGCAGGACUUGUCUGCAGUACUCCAGUCCAGCGAAGCCAUUCCUUCGGCGCCGCAGAGGCUCAAAGUUCGAAAUAAGGACCUACUGGUAAAAAGACUGCGGGAGCCAUUGCAAGCCGCACAAAUCGUUUGUAACCAUGGCCGACACGCCGCGCGACGCCGACGACGGACGAGACACAAUGGAGCCCAAAUCGAGCCCCCCCGAGACGCAGCGGCCAAUUGUGGUACCAUUGGGCGCGCACCAGAUGCUCCGAGAUGAAUUUACCUGUCCGAUAACGAGGCAGCUCAUGCGCCAGCCGGUCAUUGCAAGUGACGGCCACACCUACGAUCGGCAGGCCAUCGAGACCUGGUUACUCACGCACGACACGUCGCCCAAGAGCGGCGAGGUGCUUUCAUCGAAUGCCUUGGUGCCGAAUCACAACCUCAAGAGACUCGUGGACGACCUGGUGCGGGAGGGCGGCGCCGGGUUGUACGAGAAAUGUGAAGAAAAAAUUGAGCGGCACGCGUGCAUCGAAAAAGAACCUGUACUUCUCUUAAAAUGUCUGGGCCCUGCCGAAUCCGAGUGGCACGGGCGGACCUUCGAGGUGCGGUCCGAAGGAUGUAUUGGGGGUCGACGGCGGGGCGACGACGACACGACACUGUUCAUGGCGUUUGGGGACGCGACAGUGAGUCGACGGCAUUUCGAGAUUUCCAGGCAAGGCGACGGGUUUUACGUGAGCGAUCUGAAGAGCGCGUCGGGCACCUUCACGCGACUACGCGCGGAGCAUGCUUUGCGAACCGGAGAGGUCUUCCUCGUGGGCAAGCACCAGUUGCGCGUCGUCUCUGUGGAAUCGAACCCGCCGCAUUUGGAAUUGCAAUGCGUCCAGCCCGAGGGCUCGCCCCUACAGCAUCAGGUCUUCGAUGUCGGGACAGCUGGCGCCACUCUGGGUAGGAAGGCGUCGCACGUGAUCGCGUUCUCGCGGGACGUUGAUGGGACGCCAGUGGGUGUUGAUUCCUCUGUAUCGAACGAGCACGCCACGAUCACUUACGAUGUUGGGAAAGGGGGCUUCGUGCUGAGGGACGCGUCUUCCACAAACGGCACGUGGGUCCGUUUGCGAGAGGAGCGCGUGCCCCUAUCGUCGAACGACGAACUAUUGGUCGGGUCGAUCCGCUUCCUGUGCACGGCCACGGAGACGAUCGUCGAGCGAGACAUGUAAUAAUUU